CCGGAGUUUUAAAAACCUAGUAUCAAAGCUCACUCUCAGACAAUGGCGGCAUCAGGCGGCGGCGGAGGAGGCGUGGAGUGGCACGUGCGUCCCCCUAACCCUAAGAACCCGGUCGUCUUCUUCGACAUCACCAUCGGCACCAUCCCCGCUGGCCGCAUCAAGAUGGAGCUCUUCGCCGAUAUCGCCCCCAAAACCGCCGAAAAUUUCAGGCAACUCUGCACCGGCGAGUACAGAAAAGCCGGAUUGCCGGUUGGGUACAAAGGGUGCCAGUUCCACAGAGUCAUUAAGGAUUUCAUGAUUCAAGCAGGGGACUUUCUUAAGGGUGAUGGUAGUGGAUGUGUUUCCAUUUACGGACUUAAGUUUGAUGAUGAGAAUUUCGAUGCCAAACACACUGGUCCCGGACUCUUGUCAAUGGCAAAUAGUGGACCAAAUACCAAUGGGUGCCAGUUCUUCAUAACUUGCUCAAAAUGUGACUGGCUUGACAACAAGCAUGUUGUUUUUGGGAGAGUACUUGGAGAUGGACUUUUGGUUGUUAGGAAGAUUGAGAAUGUGGCCACAGGACCAAAUAAUCGCCCUAAACUAGCCUGUGUUAUUUCUGAAUGUGGGGAGAUGUAAGACUCAAGUUAAGAAAGCAGCUACACUGUCAGAAUCUUUGUAACCAGUAGAAUCUUAAUUUUCCUACAGAACCAUCCAUUUUAAGAGCAAUGGUACUUUUGCCCCGUAUACUUGCAUGUAUAAUUUGACUUCUCUUGAUGAAGUUGGAUAAUUGUUUAUAUCAAACUGAUCUUCAGGGUUAAUCUAUUGCAGGAAUUUGGGUUCA